UUGCAACAUACUGAUUUCUGCUCACAGAGCCUGAAGUAGUCACAGAUCUCAAUGUGUUUGAUGUAACAACAUCAUCUCUAUUUGUGAACUGGACCAAACCAAUGGGAAGCAGCUCUUUCUAUAGAGUUCAAUGGGAAGGUGGACAAAAAUAUUCCGAAAGAAAUGUGUCUGAGACAUUUCUGACCAUUUCUAAUCUGACUGCUGGUGAGCAGUAUAACAUAUCUGUCACUGCUGUAGCUGCUGAUAAUGUCACUGAAGGAGAGAACAGGACUACUUCGAAAUACACAAAGCCUGAAGUAGUCACAGAUCUCAGUGUGUUUGAUGUAACAACAUCAUCUCUAUUUGUGAACUGGACCAAACCAAUGGGAAGCAGCUCUUUCUAUAGAGUUCAAUGGGAAGGUGGACAAAAAUAUUCCGAAAGAAAUGUGUCUGAGACAUUUCUGACCAUUUCUGAUCUGACUGCUGGUGAGCAGUAUAACAUAUCUGUCACUGCUGUAGCUGCUGAUAAUGUCACUGAAGGAGAGAACAGGACUACUUCGAAAUACACAAGGCCUGUAAAGCCUGUGGACGUCACUUUUGUAUCAAGAACAAGUGACAAUAUAAGCAUCACGUGGACGUUGCCUGAAGGAAGGGUUGACCAUUACAUCGUGAACAUCUCAGACACAAGCAGUGACUACACCAGCUUCACAAAAACAACCACCACCACAGCAGCUUUCUCCGGUUUACUUCCUGGAAGGAGUUUCAGUUUCACAGUGACUGCUGUAGCCGGAACGUUCACAGACACCUCUGAUCAGUUUUCAUUGGCAACAUAUCCGUUGUCUGUCACAUCCUUCACCUUCACCAACAGGACAAACUCUUCUUUACACCUGCAGUGGGUGACUUCAGAAAAGAUGGCUGGUGCUCCUAAUAUCAGCUAUAAUAUCACCUACAAUCAUCCAGAUGACAAUGUGUCAAAGAUUGGCUAUAUAGAGAAAACGGACAUAGUGUUAGAGGGUCUUCAGUCUGGAACCAAUUACACCAUAAAUAUAACAACUGUUGGACCGGAACAACUGAGUAGCUCGCCAGUCACCCAAUAUACUUCCACCUUGCCAAACCCAGUGCAGGAUGCAAAAGCCAGCCCUAUUUCUCCAACUUCCAUAAAGGUGCAGUGGUCAGAACCGCUGGGUGCCCGAGAAUAUUACCGGUACCGGGUUCAAACCUACAACAGCACCACAAGAGCACUCAUUAACACGAUUACCAGCAACAGCACCACCUAUGACGUUCCCAACCUGGAGCCAGGUUUCUGUUACUCCAUCAACAUCACAACAACUGUUGCAUCAGACACCGACUCAAGCCCUGUGGAGGUGUCCAGUUGCACCAUGCCCAAAGCAGUGACCAAUUUGACUGUGAGCUUUGUGAACACCACAUCCAUCCAGCUCUCAUGGCUCAGACAAAAUGAUUACAAGGAUUCCUACAAGUAUCUGGUGGAAGCAUGGCGGGGCAGUGAGCGAGUUCACAAUGACUCCACGGUUAAUGAGACCUACUCCUUCAACAAUCUGAUUCCUGGAACCCUUUACACAUUUAAUGUGUUGACAGUUCAUGAAGGUGUACAAUCAACAAUCGCAAGCAAAAAGGAAUAUACAAUUCCUGCACAGGUCUCAGGCAUUUUAGCCAGAGGAACCACCUCCAGCUUGUCAGUGAGCUGGACAAAAGCAUAUGGGCAGGUUUCCUCAUACCUUGUCCAGUUAUACAAUAACACAAAUUCCUUGAUAAAUGACACAGAUUUGAAUAAUCAGACUAUACAGUUUAAAUUUGACUAUUUGAAACCAGGAGUUCUUUACCGUGUUGAGGUUGUCACCAAAAGUGGACCUAAGACGAGCAACAGAAGUGUUGUUUACAAUGCAACUUUUCCUAACCCCCCCGGCUCUAUCAUGGUGGACUUUCAGACCAACAGCUCCAUCAGAUUUAGUUGGUCCCUUCCAGCUGAUAUGGACCCUGACCAGUACUUUACUGUGUCCACUAAAAAUGCCUCUACUGAUACAAAGAACAGCUGGUUCCUGAUGGAAAACCUUGAAUCAGGAUCCAAGUACACAGUUUCUGUAGUCACUGUUGGUGCACUGAAGUAUAAGAGUACAGAAGAGAGCACACAAAACUAUACAAGACCAAAUCCGGUGACGGGUCUGACAGAGACAGAAAUCACCACUAGUUCAGUAACCCUGAAGUGGAAUCAGCCAAGCAGCAAACCACCCUACAUUUAUGAAGUGCAGCUUGGAAGUGUUGUCCCUAAUGAAUCACGGUUGAAAAGGAUAAACACUACAACAUUUACAUUUGAUGGUCUCACGUCUGGGAGAAAAUACAACUUUACCGUCACUACAAUAACAGAAGACUCCACUCGAGCAGAGUCUGUGAAGGUUUUCUACUAUACAAGGCCUUAUAAUGUCACAGAUUUAAAAGCUUUUACCUUAAACACAACUGCUGUUUACCUAAACUGGACAAAACCAUACGAGUACAAGAACGGCUUCCAAUAUCGGGUGGAGACAACUGGCUGUCGCAACAAAAAUACCAACUCAUCAGCAGAAAGCGUGACCUUCUCAGAUCUCAUCUCUGGAACCAACUGCACAUUCUGUGUUACUGUCAUGGCAGAGGAUGGCACUGAAGGGAAAGAGACCUGCACCACUCAGUACACAAAACCCAAUGUGCCUGAUCUCACUAUCAGCAAUGAGGGAUCCAAUGAUUCAGUCCUGGUGUCGUGGACCAACCCUCCUGGAAAUGUGGAGAAAUAUGAGCUUCUGCUAAACUGCUCCUCAGGUUUAAAUAAGACAGAAGAGCUCAGUUUUCACAACACCUCCUUCAAGUUUUACGGCCUGCACGCUGCAGAGCUGUGCAGCGGUGUGAUGAGGUCACACAGUGGACCGUUCAGUGAACCAUCUGAAAUAGUUACAAGUGCCACUUACCCAAAUCCUCCUGGGAAUAUUGUCAAACGGAUGCAGACUACCAGUUCUAUUGAACUGGAAUGGGGAAAAGCACCUGAUAUGGAAUAUGCAUUCAGCUACCACUACAAUCUGACCUACAUUCACUCUCAGGAAGAUGUAAAAAUCCCUUCUGCCAAAACAACUUACAAUUUGUCUCAACUUCUGUCUGGGACUUCUUACAUGAUUUCUGUGACAACUGUGGGACCAAUGGAUUUUGAGAGUGAACCUGUUAACAUAACCGUGACCACAAGACCUUACAACGUGAAGUCUCUCGGACUUUAUCCUGAUGAGGAACAUAUCUAUUUAAACUGGUCCCAUCCUGAUGAGUAUAAGAGCACCUAUAGUUUUUUUGUCUCCUGGCAAAACCACGAUAAGACUUAUGUUAAGAACACCACAACUAGUGGAACUUCACAUAACAUCACUGGACUGGCAGCUGGUACUGAGUACAACAUCGCCAUCAUCACCAAGACCUCUGAUGGAACAGAAUCUGCCACAGAAACGAUGUCCAACUGCACAAAUGCGAGUCCUGUGAAGAACUUAGAAUGUUCUGGACCAAACUCUGGAGAUGCCAAAAUUAUUCUGAAAUGGAAAAACCCCAAUGGAGAGUUCUCUAAAGUCAUGUUUAAUGUAACCAGCACUACCUCUACAAUUACUCAUGUACCCAUUUCUUAUGCGACUGUUUCUGGACACAUUAUUCCCAACCUUACUUACCAUGAGAAUUUUACGAUUAAAGUAGAGACUCUGAGUUGUGGAAAACCAAGCACUCCUCAGUGGAUAACAUGUCAGACAGGUGUCACAAAGCCUCUCAUUCCAUCAGAAUAUGGGAAGCAGGUGUCUACUAGAACCCACAAUACAUUCACACUUCUUAUUGACAACAGCCUGUUAAACGACUCUAACGGACCAGUGACUCAUGUUGGGGUUCUGGUAACAAGCGAUGACAGUGCCAACAUUCCUAAUAUUGAAAAUUUCAUGGAGAAAACAUACAGUGACUGGAGAGCAAAUUCUGCAAAAGCAUAUCUUGCAACAAUAAUGAACAAUACCAAAACGACGAGGAGAAGUUCUGUUUCCUUGGACGUUGAGAUAGGAAAUGGAUCAAAGUGGGAAAGCUAUGCUAAUGGUGCUCUGGAUCCAAGUGGAAGUUACAGAUAUGCCGUAGUGGUUUGCACCUAUUUGGUUGUGGACUCAGGAAAAAUUAAUGCCACCAAAUCAGUGUGUUCUGUAUCAAAUUGGUCAGAUGUGAUUAUUCUCAACCAAGACCCAGUUUUCAUCUCUAUUACUAUUGGAGCAACGUUGGGAAUCUUUGGAGUUCUCUUGGUCAUCCUUAUUGGUUUCAUCAUCUAUUGGAGAAGGUUAUCCCGUAAGGAGUCUCCCGACAUCCAGAUUCAGGCAAUGGGGGGGAAAGUAAGUGUGGCCGUGAGAGUGGAGGACUUUGAAGCUUACUACAGGAAGCAGAAAGCUGACUCCAGCUGUGGCUUCGCUGAAGAAUUUGAGGACCUGAAGCCUGUUGGUACCGCUCAAGCCAAACUGCAUGCGCUGGCUCUGGAGAACAAGCCUAAAAAUCGCUACAACAACGUGCUUCCUUAUGACUCCUCCAGAGUGAAACUCUCUGUUGUCCACGGAAGUCCAAAUGAAGAUUACAUCAAUGCUAACUACAUGCCGGGUUACCUUUCCAGGAAAGAGUUCAUCGCAGCUCAGGGACCUUUACCUGCAACAGUCAACGAGUUCUGGAGGAUGGUCUGGGAGAAGAACGUCCAGACUCUGGUCAUGCUAACACGCUGUAAUGAACAAGGAAGAGUUAAAUGUGAGCAGUACUGGGGUCCUGGCACCAAAUACUAUGAAGACAUCAUUGUGACAACAACCUCUGAAAUCCAACUUGAAGACUGGACCAUCAGGGAUUUUGACAUAAAAAAUGUGAAAACAACGGAAGUCCGCUCAGUCCGCCACUUCCAUUUCACAGCCUGGCCGGAUCACGGCGUUCCAGAAACCACAGAGCUUCUGAUCAGCUUCAGACAUCUGGUCAGAGAGCACAUGAACCAGUAUUCCAGAAACUCCCCCACAGUGGUUCACUGCAGUGCUGGAGUCGGGCGCACAGGCACCUUCAUAGCCAUUGAUCGCUUGAUCUUCCAGAUCGAAAGGGAAAACAUUGUAGAUGUGUACGGCAUUGUUCAUGAUCUGCGAAUGCACCGGCCCCUCAUGGUGCAGACGGAGGACCAGUAUGUCUUCCUAAACCAGUGUGCCUUGGACAUCAUCCGGGCGAGAACAGGGAACAAUGUGGAUCUAAUCUACCAGAACACAGCUGCCAUCACAAUUUAUGAAAACGUAGAACCCAAAAGGGGAUAUUAGUCUGCUUUUUCAUUUCCUUACAUCUCUCCCUCUCUUUUUGGGUGAGAAAUAACUGAGCAAACAAGUUUAAAGGGAAUACGUUUGUUAGAAACAUCAACCUUUAAUGGUUUACUCCUCUUUUUUAUAUUUAUUUGUUUAAAAAAUAGAGGAAACGGCAUUUUUUAUGCUUCUGCCUUAAAUUCUCAUACCUGCAUAUUCUUUGCACUGCACAAUUAUUAUAAAAUUGCUUUCUACCGUAUAUGACUCUCUGCUUUUUAUUUUUGCUCAGGUAGUUUUAUUGUAUACUGUUUUGGUAUUUUUAAAUACACUUUUAAAUCGAACUGUACAAAACAAAGGCUGGUCGUAUGUGCCUUACAAACAGCAUUCGUGCGUUUACACCAGUAGAGGGCACACUUGUCUUAUUUUAGUUUUCUAGUUAUUAAACAGGGAUAAUGUGAUAUUUUAAAGGAACUUUAAGUUAUUCUCUCCUUGCCUGACUAACUGUAAGCCUAUAUGAACUGUGCAAUGUGAUUCAAUGAAGGAGUUUAUUUGUUUUGGUCUCUCUUUUAUUAUUAUUAUUUAUAUGCACUGCAAUGUGACGAAUGCACUGGAUGCAUUUAUGCAUUUGUCCCACACUGUCCACUUUAAACAUUAGAUGUGUUUCUUUUCAAGUAGUUUAUGUUCAAUUCUGGCCAGUGGUUCUUGAAAUGGAAUAUCUAUCUUAUUCCUCAUUUCAUCUCAGGAACUUCUUUCAAGAAGAGCAUUUUUACUGGCUGUAUUUGUGUUAAAAUUUAUAUAAUGCACCAGUUUGUAUUAUUAAUUAAGACAUUAUUUCAAUGGUCUUUUUUGCUCUUUCCUAUGCUGUAGAAGAAAAAAAAACAUGUUAUUUCACUUCCUGUGACAUCUGUUAUCCAGUUAUGGUCACUUCCUCUGUAUUAAAAGUCACUGUGGAAGCAAAAAUGUAGAUAUUUUUGUCAAUCUUCCAAACAGCAGAAUUUUCAAUUAGCUUGGUACGUUUCUUUUUUUUUUUUUCCACAGUUUGAUUUAUAGCACUUAUGUUUUAAUGACAAAUAGGAAUAUGAAAUAAUAAAAAAAUUUUUUAGGAUAUUUUAAAAUGCUUCAUGAGAUGCUUGCUGGUUCAACGCAACUAUGUAAAAUGAGCUGAAGAUAUGCAUUUCUUAAAUAUGUAAACUUAAAUGGGAUUAAAGAUGUUGCAACAUUGUGGCAACAAUCUACUCUUUAUUAGAAUCCAUUUGCUUCAAUGCCAAUAAAGCUAAACUGUCUUGCUAAAAA